AUGCAAGUCGCCGUCAUCCAGGGCGCCCGGCCCGUCGCCAUCCCCAUCUCCUCCAUCGACGCCUUCAACGACGAAUCCAUCUCCGUGUGCAUCAACUACGCCUUCCAGACGGGCGCGUGCCUGCUGCUCCUGCUGGUCGUGCUCAUCAUGACCCCGCCGUCCAAGCUGCUGCGCAGCUCGACCCUGCUGCACCUGGCCGGCCUGGCCGUCUGCAUCGUCCGCAUGUGCCUCCUCAUGGCCUUCUUCCUCUCGCCCUUCAACCACUUCUACCAGUUCUGGACGGGCGACUACUCGGCCGUCCCGCGCCGCCACCUGUACGCCAGCGUGGCCGGCAACGUCGUCUCCCUCGUCCUCGUCGUCGUCGUCGAGGCCGGCCUGAUGCACCAGGCCUGGACCAUGGUGUCCCUCUGGCCCGACCGGGUCCGCUACUCGCUCGCCGCCGUCUCCGCCUCCAUCUCGCUGCUCGUCGUGGCCGCCAGGUUCGCCUUUGCCGUCAUCCAGAGCAGGGCCAACCUCAGCCUCGCGCCCGCCAGGAACCUGGCCUGGGUGGUCCACGCCGCGCUGGUGCUCAACGCCCUCGCCAUCUGCUGGUACUGCGCCCUGUUCAACGUCCGCCUGGUCAUGCAUCUCCUGGUCAACAGGCGCAUCCUGAACCGCCGGCGCAAGGUGGCCCCCAUGGAGGUCUUGGUCAUGACCAACGGCGUCUUGAUGCUCGUCCCCGUCGUCUUCGCGGCCCUCGAAUGGGCCAAGAUCCCAAACUUCGAAUCCGCCUCCCUGACCCAAACCUCCGUCGUCAUCAUCCUUCCCCUGGGCACCCUCGCCGCCCAGCAAAUGAGCCACGGCGGCAGCCUAGCCUACCUCACCGGCUCCAACAAAAGCAGCCAGAAGUCCGGCUCCGGCUCCGGCUCCGGCUCCUCAAAUGCGGGCGAGAAAUCCAGCCGCUCACCCAUGCCCAGUCUGCCUCUCAGCGCCUCCAGCCCCGGCCUCUCCUCGCCACACAACUCUGCUCUGUCGCCGCCCUACGAGCCAGAGGAAUCGCCAAGAAGGAAGCUCGACCAUUUCGAUCUCGAGCUGAGACAGAUUGACUGUACUAGCGAACUUGCCGAUCAUGGGGGGCGUGUUGACACGGAUUUACAACACAAAGAGACGAGAAUCUAG